UGAAUUCGGAUUUGUAGGAUGUAGAACGUAAACAACAUUUUUUGAUAACAUUUUGCGAAAAACUUUGAAAUUGUGAGACUUUUUAACGAAGAAAUUUCGCGUUAAAUCGAAGAAUUAUUUAAAAUUUAUGCAUUCAUAAAGAUCUCGCCGAUUCACUACCAUGUUAUCUAAAAAACUCAUUUCUUUGUAUCUUCGUCCUAAAAUUCCAUCUAAUACUUCAUCGAGGCUGUUACGAGGAGGUUAUACAUUUGAAUUGAAGAAACGCACUCCCAAAGCAAAAGAUUCUGACGAUGCAAAACGUUGCAGAUUAAAAGAAAUUCGUAAAAGUAAUACGGGCGCUGGAGGUGCUCUACAUUUGAUUGAGGAACGCGAAGGUAAACUAAAUCCAGAUCUUGACUACGACUACAUCGAAGACUCUACCAUCGGCUUGGAAAAUUACCACGCUCAGUUUCAAGAAAAAUUGCAAUUAUCCCGUAGUGAAUUCUGUCGUUCAUCGUUGAAUAAUAUUAAACGAAAGUACUUCAUGGAACCUAAACUUCCGAACAUGGUACUGUAUUGUGAAAAACAAGAUAUGAAACUUUUGCAUGAAAACGAUCCGGAGAAUUGGGAUGUGGAAAAAUUAUCCGAAAGUUUUCCAGUCACACCUGAGAUAGCCAAAAAAAUUCUACGUUCGCCAUUCACCGCUUAUACAGUUGAGCAAGUGAAAAAACACGAUCAGAUGGCCAAACGUAACUGGAAGCUUUUCAACGAGGGUAAACUAGAUUUAAGUCCAGAAUUACGCAGUCAUUACGAAAAGUUCGUCGAUAGAGUAUCUUUCGAAACGCCACAGCAUGUGAUUGAAAAAUAUCUACCUUCUAAACCGAACUUCGAAUUGAACUUGAAAAACAAAGAAUUCGGUAGUAUAGUCGAAAAAUACGAGCUAACUAAAUCGAAACCUAGUAAAAUACAAAUAGAUCCGCAUAACAAUAAAGCAGUAUACGAAGAUACAAAAUUUCAGCCUAAAAUGAUCACCGAAGAAUAUAAACUAAGUUCCCAUAAAUCUGUCACGUUGGAUAAGUUACGCGAUAAUAUAAAAGCUCAUCCCGAACGAGCUUCUGAAUUAUCUAAGCUUAUAGUCGAAAUGGAGAAGAAAUAUUUACCUGCGUCUAAAUCUAAACCGAACGUGGAUAUUGUUCCCGAAACUGAUUAUUUAGCCGAAGCUGAAGUUGUGGAUAAAACUUAUGAGAAUUCGUUGCCUCAGAUGAACGACAAAUUUCCAUUACGUAUUGAGAUACCUAAAGACCAAUGGAAACGAAAUAAACUGUAUCAAGUUGAAGAUCGAUUUUAUAAUGAUGUCGGUCAUUUUCUGUACAGAGUUCCUGGUCUGUUUACGAGUAGCUAAUUUUAUUGGGGCUGUGUGCUGUUAUUCAGUAAUUUCUGUGAUAUUAAGUUGAGAGAACGUUUUUUUCUGUAGAUCAGUUUUAUUUUAUCGAUGCGUAUGUUGUAACAAUUUAAAUACGUACCUAUAUGUUUUGUUUCAAACUUCGGUACAGUAUUGA